UCGUAAGCUCAGAUCAUUGGAACGGUGUCACAGCUGCCUCACGGCACUAAACAGCAGACUUGGAGCUUCUAGGACACUUUCUCCUCACAGACUCUGUCUCUCUCAACACUUUACCCGAGUGGAUUAUUGAGAACUUUAGGUUUAAAGCCAAGAUGAGACUGCUCCUCCAGACUUUCUUCUGCUGGUGGUUGCUGGCUUCUGUUGCCCCUGCAGUGGACAGUGCAAAACUGGACCUGAGUUCAGUGAUGAAAAAGAGAUUGAGCACCUGGCUGCAAAGCAGGACGAAAAGAGAUCUAAAUGGUGUGCCUGCAGCAAGUAACACAGACUCAGUGCAGUUUGUCCGGCCAGAAGAUGUCAAAGAUACCUUAAAGCCUCAUUCCAGCACGGACAUCAAGAUCCGGGCAAAGAGAACCAAAAACUCAGUCAAUCAGUCCAGGAGGACGGGCUGCUCCUUCCUGCCCACCUGCACAGUGCACGACCUGCCGCACCGCAUCCACCAGUUCAACAACAAACUGAAGGUGGACAGCGCCCCCAUCGACAAGAUCAGCCCGCUGGGGUACGGCCGGAGACGCCGGUCACUGCCCAACAGCAUAGCCGCCGUGCUGGGGGACCUGCAGCUGCAGGCGAAGAGCAGAAGGGAGGCCCGGGAUCUGCAGCGGAAGGCUCUCCGUGAAAUCCAACGGACGUGAGAAGCGCAGGGAGGAGGGGAGGUAAGGGAGGGUGGUGUCCUGCCAACCCACCCCCCCAGCCAAGCUCCUCUGGCUGAUUCCAGAACUUUGCAGACGCCUCAGACUCCCGCCAAAGAGUGCUCUGCCGCAUUCUUUCCAGGCGUGAACACCAGAGAGAUGUCAGCGUGCCUUAGGAGAACCAGGGUCACCAGCAUCGCAGGCGCAGAGCACAGCAACACUGGGGGUGGGGGGAGGGGGUGCGAAAAACAGGUGCCAUGCCUGAAAAUCUGGCCUGUGGGACAGGCUUUCUCAAAAGGCAGAGACUUCUCCUGCUUGUGGGACACUGGGGCGGACAUCCCUCUCUGCCCCUCCAAGCUCCAGAGGAACGUCCCGCUGAAUUACUGGACAUGGCUAAACUAACAGAGACAGUCUGAAGGGGGCGAUGUCCUAAAUGCCAGCACUCAUUUGCUUGGAUUAUCUCUGCACAUUUAUCUACAUUAAAUAUAGGGAGUCUGACUGAAAAGAUGCGGAAGUAUAAAGCUGUUAGGCCGUUUGGACACUGUAUGGGAAAUUAAAAAAAAAAAAAAAAACAAUGUUUCCAGUCCAAGGAGGGCUGUAUCAUACUUGAACUUAAAUUUUUUUAUAGAAAAAGUGCAAUCUAUAUAUAUUUUUAUUGCCAGUCUGUAUAUAAGUUUAAAAUGCUGAGAUAUCACUAUUUAAAUGUUUUAUACGUAUACAUAUAAAUAUAUCCAUUACUUGUAACUGUACUUAUGAAGAUGGAAUUAUUUUUAUACAGGAAAAAAUGUAUUAAGGGCAUUAUAGCUUUGUCUGUUUCCAUCAUUUGUGCUAUGAAUGUUAAGUGUUUCCAAAUGUGGUAAAAUAAAAACAUGUUUUUUCCCUAUGUCAUAAUAAUUUGUAUAUUAGGUUUAUUUUAUGUGUCAAACAUUGUCAAAUAAUAAACAUUUGCGUAAAACCUGAA